AUGAGCUACCAGAAGGCCUGGAAGUCCAAGGAAUGCGCGUUGGAGAAUUUAAUGGGCUCGACAGAGGAAAGCUAUGCUAAAUUGGCCAGGUAUUGCCAUAAUAUGGAGAAAACUAAUCCUAGCUCGGCAUUUUUUAUUGAGAUGGAGGUCGAGAACUGCUUCAAAUUCUUCUUUAUGGCUCUUGGACAAUACAUUCGGGGAUUUCGAAAUGCUAUAGUUGAUAACGAGAAUGAUCUGUCGAUGCAUUGGUUCUUCACAAAGCUCAGGGAAGUAAUCGGGGAAGUCGAGGACCUUGCAUUUGUAACCGAUCAAGGACAGUAUUGCAUGUACCAUAUACAAGGCAACUUGAAGAUCAGGUAUCGGGGCAAAAGUAUCGUUUCACUGAUUAGGAGAGUGACUGAAGCUUACAGUAUUGAAGAGUAUAAUAGGACGUCCAUACAACAUGAUGACGUCAAACAACGCGGAGUCUCUAAUGCAUUAUUCAAGAGGGAUCGAGAGUUGCCAAUUCUCACACUGAUUGAGAUUAUCCGUGCGAAAUUGCAGCAGUGGUUUAACGAUCGACUUGCGGAAUCACAUAAUUGUACAAGCAUGCUAGCCCCGGCGAAAGAGGUAAAGCUCUUCAAGGCUGCAGAAGCAAGGAGAAAGUUAAAUGUCAAAUCACUAGACGAGUCGCGCUUCUUUGUAGAAUGUGCACAUCAUACGACAUACAUGUUUGAGAGUUUUCCAUGUGAGCAUGCAGUUACGGUGGCUAUGUAUCGAGGAUUUACAGCGAGAACAUUAUACUAUCCUUAUUACAUUGCUGAAAAUUGGAGAGCUGCGUAUGUUGAAACCAUAUUUCAGUUUCCAAACGAAGCCGAGUGGGAAGUUGCCGAUCAUAUUCGCCCAUUCAAUACAUUGUCGCCACCUCUCAUUGAACCACGUGAUCUUGGACGUCCAAGUACUUUUAAAAUACCAUCUACUAAAGAAUUUCGUCGACCGCAUAGGUGUAGCAGGUGCAAAUCAGUAGGACAUACUCACCAAUUUUGUACAAGUCAGGUUUCUCUAAAUGACAGUUAG